UAUUUCAUGUGAUGGAGUAAAGCUGCAGUAUAAGCGGAGAAUACAGCUGGUGCUGUGUGAAUACAUGUGAGGUGAGUUUGAGGAUCAUCAUCUCGUCAUCAUUAGAAACAUGAAGAGUGUUUUGGGUUAUUAUCUUCUGCUGUGGAUUACACACAACACCUCUGGAUCUCAUUCAGGCAUUCCUCCGUCUCUUGUAAAACUUUGGUCUUCAGCGUUUGGUGGUGAGAUCAAGUCCAUCGCAGCCAAGUAUUCUGGCUCUCAAUUGCUUCAGAAGAAGUAUAAAGAGUUUGAGAAGUCAGUGAGGGUGGAAGAGAUUGAUGGACUGAAGCUUGUGAAGAGACUCGCUGAGGACAUGGAGGACAUGUUCAACAAAAAGUCCCAAGCCAUUCAGCGGCUGGUGGAGGCAGCGGAGGAGGCUCACCUGAAUCAUGAAGAGGAUCCUGAGCUACAGUACGAAUACUUCAAUGCUGUGUUGAUCAAUGAGCUGGAUGAGGAGGGCAACAGUGUGGAUUUGGGUGGAGAAUUCAUCCUGCAGCCCAACGAACAUUUCAAUAAUCUGUCAGUCAAUCUCAGUCUCAGUGUUGUGCAGGUGCCCACAAACAUGUACAACAAAGACUCAGCGAUUGUGAAUGGUGUGUACUGGUCAGAGGCACUCAAUGAAGUGUUUGUUGACAACUUUCAGCAAGACCCAUCUCUUAUUUGGCAGUACUUUGGUAGCGCAAAGGGUUUCUUCAGACAGUAUCCAGGAAUAAAAUGGACACCAGAUGAUCACGGGGUUAUAGAAUUCGACUGUCGAAAUCGGAAAUGGUAUAUCCAGGCUGCGACAUCACCUAAAGAUGUGGUGAUUUUAGUGGAUGUGAGCGGCAGUAUGAAGGGUCUGAGACUGACUAUAGCCAGGCAGACUGUCUCCUCCAUACUGGAUACACUGGGCGAUGAUGACUUCUUUAACAUUAUUGCUUAUAAUGAAGAGCUGCAGUAUGUGGAACCCUGUCUGAAUGGAACUCUGGUUCAAGCCGACAUCGGCAACAAAAAUCAUCUCCGUGGACGUCUGGAUAAGCUGGUUGCUAAAGGUAUAGGUCUGCUGGAUGUGGCCCUGACUGAAGCCUUUGAACUUCUCAGUAGUUUCAAUGAGACGGGCCGAGGCAGCGGAUGCAGUCAAGCCAUCAUGUUAGUGACGGAUGGAGCUGUGGACACAUAUGAUUACGUCUUUGCCAAGUACAACUGGCCAGACAGAAAGGUGCGUAUAUUCCCUUACCUGAUUGGACGAGAGUCUGCGUUUGCUGAUCAUCUGAAAUGGAUGGCGUGUGCUAACAAAGGUUAUUUCACGCAGAUCUCCACGCUGGCAGAUGUGCAGGAGAAUGUGAUGGAGUAUCUGCACGUGCUCAGUCGACCCAAAGUUAUUGAUCAAGAACAUGACAUGGUGUGGACGGAGGCUUACAUCGACAACACAGUGAGUCAGUGAUCAUGUCUGCAGGGCAGGCAGGGUCCUGUCCUCAUGACAACAGUGGCCAUGCCUGUGUUCAGCACUAAAAACGAGACUAGAAACAAGGGCAUUCUUCUUGGAGUGGUGGGCACAGACGUGCCAGUGUCUGAAAUACUGAAGGCCAUCCCAAAAUACAAGCUGGGAAUCCACGGUUACGCUUUUGCCAUCACCAACAACGGAUAUAUACUAACCCAUCCGGACCUGCAGCCUCUGUAUGAAGACGGGAAGAAAAAGAAGAAGUCCAGCUACAGCAGUGUGGAUCUAUCAGAGGUGGAGUGGGAAGAUAAAGAAGACGUGUUGCGUAAUGCCAUGGUGAACAGACAGACUGGAAGCUUCUCUAUGGAUGUGAAGAAGACUGUGGAAAAAGGGGCAAGAAACUCCAUCACACACGCACGAAUAACACACCUUAAUGCACCAUUGUCUUCUUUUCUGAUUGUGUGUUUGUGUGUGUCUCAGAAACGCGUGCUUGUUUUACACAACGAUUACUACUACACAGACAUUAAAGGAACUCCUUUCAGCUUAGGGGUGGCACUGUCCAGAGGUCACGGCAAAUAUUCCUUCAGCGGAAACAUCUCUGUUGAAGAAGGACUUCAUGAUUUGGAGCAUCCAGAUGUUGUAUUAGCAGAUGAAUGGAUGUACUGUAGCACGGCUGAACAUCCAGACCAUGAUUAUCUGUCUCAGAUCGAGGCCAUAAAGCUAUAUUUUAGCGGAGAAGCGAAUAUCAAGUGUGAUAUGGAUCUGGUUCAGGAGGUUCUGUUUGAUGCUGUGGUCACCGCUCCGCUGGAGGCCUACUGGACCAGCCUCGCUCUCAAUAAAUCAGAAAACUCUGAUAAAGGGGUGGAGAUAGCUUUCCUUGGCACUCGAACCGGCCUAUCACGCGUCAACCUUUUUGUGAUGCCGGACCAGCUGUUCAAUCAAGAUUUGCUGACAGCAGAGGACAAGGAGCUGGUGUUCAGCGCUGAUCAUUUUCCAUUGUGGUACAAGCGAGCCGCUGAACAGGUGCCCGGGACCUUCAUCUACUCCCUUCCCUUUAACACAGGUUCUGAGAAUGAGAGUGUGUUGUUGGCCAGCAGUGCCAUUCAUCUGUUUGAUGAGAGAGAGUCACCCAUCUCCGCAGCUGUGGGAAUUCAGAUGAAAAUGGAGUUCUUUCAGAGGAAGUUCUGGACUGCCAGCAGACAGUGUGCCGCUCUGGAUGGCAAGUGUUCCAUCAGCUGCGAUAAUGAUGACAUCAGCUGUUAUUUAAUAGACAAUAACGGCUUCAUUAUCAUUAGUGAGGAUUCGUCUUUGACAGGGGUGUUCUUUGGGGAAGCCGAGGGGGCUGUGAUGAGCAAACUCAUUUCAAUGGGAUCGUUUACCAGGGUGAAUAUGUACGACUAUCAGGCCACCUGUAGAGUUCACAGUGAGAUCAGUGACACAGCACACAAGCUCCUACACCCGUUCUUUGCUGUCAUCACAUCCGUGCGGAAGCUGCUGGCAGAGUUUGUCAUACUUCUCAUUGAAUUCAACCUGUACAGCUGGUGGCGUUCCGACCUCACCGCUGAAGCUCGUAGAGGAGGCAGAAGUAUGCUGGUUCCCUGCGAUAUGGAAUAUCCAGCAUUCGUGUCCGAGCGCACCAUUAAAGAAACUGUGGGGAACAUUGAGUGUGAAGGCUGUGUUAGAUCAUUUGUUAUCCAGCAGAUUCCCAGCAGUAAUCUUUUCAUGGUGGUCAUAGAUAAUGAAUGUGACUGCAGUGAGUUUGGACCCGUCACCCUGGACCCCGUUGAGAUCAUGUAUAAUGAGUCUCUGAAGUGUGAACGACUGAUAUUUCAAAAAGACAGAAGGCGACCGGACACGUGCCACCCCUUCCAUCAUGAGGAGAACUCGAUGGAAUGUGGAGGUUCUCUGGCCGUGACUCCGUCACUCACAUCAACAGUUGUUGUCCUGAUACUCUCCAUCUUCUCCAGGUGACAGAAGCAUCUCUGCUCCCGUCUGUGUGACUGACUGCAGCUUGCAAAAAGUCUUUUGUAUAUAUUUUUCUGCGACUACUCAGAAUCACCUGGUGAAUGAAAGACGUACAGUAUUUGUUUUUCUUCUGUUAGUUAUGUUAAGAUUUCAUAAAGCGUGAGUUCGUUAUUAAAUGACAUUCUUUUAAUAAUAAAUAUUUAAUUAUUUUGCAACAAUGAAAUAGUGAGUGGAUGAUGUGCUAAGACAACUUUGCCUUAUAAGUACAGAUGUCAGUCAAGUUUGUGUACUUUUGAAAUAAAGUUCCUUUUAUAAAUACAAAGAGAGCAAAUUAAUUUAGAACUAAGUAGGUUUAAUGUGAUUUGUAUGAUGUAUUUUUCUAUUUUUGUGUAUCUGUGUUGUUAGAGUGAAGGCAAUGAAGCUCUUUCGUUGAUAGAAAUGUUGCUCCAGGACCAUCAAUAUGUGUGUCUGUAUUUCUCUGUAUAUUUGCUCUUAUGUUUGUGAUGGCAUAUCUAUAAGUUUAGGGGGAAUUUUCAUAUCCUUAUCCCAGCUGCACAUGACAAAGAGAUUGCAGGUGUCUGUCCAUUAGGCCACAUGUCGCAAUGUUACACCUGACUGAGAUUUUUAUUCAUCCGGAUAGAGGUGGACAGCAUGAGCAAAAUCAUAUUCAAUAAUAUUUUAACUUACUUCAACAGAAUAAUGUUCUAAAUAUAAUUAGCCACUUCUUCUAUGUGUAGCUAUAGUCAAAUAGCUGUUUGCACACUAUCACAGAAUUAUAUUUGAAUAAAGACAACCUGACAUUUGUACACUGGAUGCAAGUGGUGCACACCAAUGACAAACAUUAAAUAUCUUCUAUUAUAACAAACAAAAAAAACGGCAGAUCUUCACACGCAGACCAUACUGUAGUUGUUAUAAAACCAAUGGAACUGUGUUUCAGAGAAACGUGAAAAGAACAACUGUUUAGUAAAUAUGACUAGAAUGCAACAAAAGAUGAUUUUCUUUGAUUUUCUUUCUCUGGAUCAGUUGUGUUCCUAUAUUCUAUAAAGCGAGACAGGAAAAUAUGUAAACCUCACAAACUGUCU